CAUUACUCUGGCAAGUUGUUUAGCGCUUUUGGACAAAAYAUUGAACAAUAUAUGGGCAAAAUUGGGAUAUUUGUUGAAGACAUAUUUUAGGUUAUUCGCCAGCUUUGGGCUGGGGGCUUGUCAAGCAAUGGGGCUUUCUAAAGGCUCAUUCUUUGUGUUGUCAAUUUUUGUCUUUGUUCUUCUUAAUGAAGUCGCUUCGUAUUCACAUCAGACCAAAUGGGGCGAAAAAGCGCCUCCAGGAUGCGUUCCAUGUCCAUCAUCUAAGGAAGGACUUUUCGAUACACCAAUAUGCGGCGUCAAUGGGAUAGCCUAUAAGAACUAUUGCUACCUCACACUUAGGAACUGUAUUGCUAAGAAGUUGAAGAAACCACUCGUUUUGCCUUCAAAACAGCCUGCAAAGUGUGGCUUACAGAUGAAAAUGUAUGGCACCUUUGGAGGAAACGGACCAUUUGGAAAAAGAAAAAGAGAUGUGCAUGAUAUAUGGGAGGAGUUUAGAGAAUGAGGGCGUAGUAGACGUAACCGCAAAAGACUUUAUAAUACUAUACACGGUGUCACUUGCGUGGCAAUAUCUUCGGAGUUUGUUCUCCAACAUGCGCCUUGGGUGUUAAUUUAGAUGACGCACGGAUGUAUUUUUAUUCCAAAAAUGAAUUUUUAGAUCCUUAUGUCAGGGUCAACCGAACAACGUGAGUGCAAAGGCAAGUGGGAGGCUUAGUACUCAGGAGUAGCCAACGGGAUCUGUUCUUCUAAAUAACUGCUCUUGUACGAAUUAUUUCCUGGGAAAUGGAUUUUGAGCUACAAUCUCACAAGCAAAUGUGGCGCUCGGCUUCCUUCUUUAAAAUAAUUUUGUUCCUGCAUGGCAAACGUUUUUUAAGGUCAAAAAAGGGUUAUAUAACGUUUUUAUGGUCAAAACGGCUUAUGUUGUUUCAGUUAGGGAAUUUUUAUUCUUCCUGCCGAAAAAAUUCUUAGAAGGUAUUCCUUGCCUGGAGAGCUUUUUUCCUGAAUUUCUCGCGCUAGAAACCAUUUGUGACUUACAGUUGGCUGGGACAUAAGAACAGAUAUAUUUCUCCGAGGAACCCGUCGACUCCACCUAAGUACUUCAUGUAAGACCCGACCGCUAUAUAAUAUAUAUGUUUGCAAGUGCCAAUUCAUGGGGUCUUACAUGAAGUACUGAUCGAAAUUUGCGUUUGCAUUUGUGUAGUUUUCAACGUGUGCUCAUGCGCGACGAGCCAGAAUUAAAAUAAAAUAAAAAUGUGUGUAUAUUAGUAAUGAGAAAUAUGCUGUUUUAUAAUGAUGCGUUUGUUGAAUAAUAAAAAAAAAAGAAUUUUCAGCGUUCAA